CAGACUACGUGUCCCAUAAAAGUUCAAAGCUUUAAUCAAUUCUCUCGCGGCUCGCCCCGAUCUCAUAUUCCCUGUCGCGCUAUCUGUGAUUAGGGUUUUCUUUUUUCCUUCUCUUUGUCGCCGUCAUGAUGCAGCAGCCAGGAGCCGGUGCGGUGCCACCACAGAUGGGCCAACAGUAUCAACAGCAAGCACCGCAGCCUGCGCCCUACAUGAUGAUGAUGCCACCGCAAACCCAACCCCCACACAUGUGGGGCCCUCAGCCGCCGCAUCAUGCGGCUGUGCCUCCUCAGCAACAACUGCAACAGCAGCAGUCCCAGCAACCACAACAGCAACAGGGCCAGCCCACCAGCGCUGAUGAGGUUCGCACGCUUUGGAUCGGGGACUUGCAGUAUUAUAUGGACGAGAACUUUCUGCUCAACUGUUUUUCUCAUACCGGAGAGGUUUCUUCUGUGAAAGUUAUCCGUAAUAAGCAAACUGGUCAAAUUGAGGGUUAUGGAUUCAUAGAGUUUAUCAAUCAUGCUGCUGCGGAGAGAGUACUGCAAACAUAUAAUGGUGCCCCCAUGCCAAACGUUGAGCAGAAUUUCAGGCUGAACUGGGCAUCUUUCGGUGGAGGUGAGAAGCGGUCUGAUAAUACCCCUGAUCACACUAUAUUUGUGGGUGACUUGGCUACUGAUGUUACGGAUUACAUGUUACAAGAGACGUUCAGGGGCCGCUAUUCCUCUGUUAAGGGUGCAAAGGUUGUGAUCGAUAGGCUCACUGGACGGACUAAGGGGUAUGGAUUUGUACGAUUUGGAGAUGAAAGUGAACAGCAACGUGCAAUGACUGAAAUGAAUGGUGUUUUCUGCUCAAGUAGACCUAUGAGAACUGGACCAGCCACAAACAAGAAUACCAUGGGUGCUCAGCAGUACCCUAAAGGUUCAUAUCAGAAUUCACAAGGCACUCCAAAUGAAAAUGAUCCAAAUAAUACAACUAUUUUUGUUGGUGGGGUGGACUCUAAUGUCACUGAGGACCAUUUGAGACAACUUUUUAGCCCAUAUGGCGAGUUAGUACAUGUGAAGAUUCCACCAGGCAAGCGAUGUGCUUUUGUUCAAUUUGCUGACAGAAGCUGUGCUGAGGAAGCAUUGCGAGUGGUAAAUGGAACUCAGCUGGGUGGAACCAAUAUACGGCUAUCGUGGGGGCGCAGUCCUGCGAACAAGCAGACUCAGCAAGAUCCAAGCCAGUGGGGUAGCGGAUACUAUGGAUAUGCACAACAAGGAUAUGAAAAUUAUGGGUAUGGAGCUUCUGCUGCACCCCCGGACCCGAACAUGUACUAUGGAGGCUAUUCUGGGUAUGGAAAUUAUCAGCAGCCCCAGCAGAAUCAGCAGCAGCAGGUGGGAUAUAGCUGAAAAGUUUUGGUAAUAUAAUAGUGUGGUAUUGCCCAUAGUAAGACAUCCAAAUGAUGCUCUACUCUAUCCCCCUCCUGGACUGAUUCUAUGGGGGAGAACCAUAAGUUGUUUAUGUUAUUCUCUUGCCAGAGAACCUCGUUUGUUAAAGAUUUGAGUGUUGAUUUUGAAAUUCUGUUUUUUUAUCUUUGGCUCUCUUCAUUGACGUGGUUAACACACUGUCCUAUCUUGUUAUUGGAUGAUGAUACAUUUAUAUUCA